CCGUAGCGCUGAAAAACUUGUUGUUGUCUGGGAAAAUGGCGUCAAACGUAGAGGCCCCGGAGCGUUGGUACCUCGCCCUCCUCGGCUUUGCGGAACAUUUCCGAACCUCCAGUCCACCCAAAAUACGGCUGUGCGUACACUGUCUACAGGCCGUGUUUCAGUUCAAGCCCCCGCAGAGGAUCGAAGCUCGGACGCAUCUCCAGCUGGGUUCGGUUCUCUACCAUCACACCAAGAACAGCGAGCUGGCCCGCAGCCACCUAGAGAAAGCGUGGUUUAUAUCUCAACAACUUCCUCAGUUCGAAGAUGUCAAAUUUGAAGCUGCGAGUAUUCUGUCGGAACUAUUUUGCCAACAGAAUUUGGUGGACUCUGCAAAGCCCCUGCUGCGUAAAGCCAUCCAGAUUUCCCAGCAAACACCAUACUGGCACUGCAGACUGCUGUUCCAGUUAGCGCAACUUCAUACUCUGGAGAAAGACUUGGUGUCAGCAUGUGACCUUCUGGGAGUUGGUGCUGAGUAUGCCCGAGUCGUGGGUUCAGAAUAUACCAGGGCUUUGUUUCUUCUUAGUAAAGGCAUGUUGCUGCUAAUGGAGAGGAAGCUUGGCGAGGUGCAUCCUCUUCUCACACUGUGUGGAACUAUAGUAGAAAACUGGCAGGGAAACCCCAUCCAGAAGGAAUCACUGAGAGUAUUCUUCCUGGUCCUACAAGUCACACACUACCUGGAUGCUGGACAGGUAAAAAGCGUGAAGCCGUGUCUGAAGCAGCUGCAGCAGUGCAUUCAGACUAUCUCUACACUCCAAGAUGAUGAGAUUUUACCCACCAACCCAGCUGACCUCUUCCACUGGCUGCCCAAGGAGCACAUGUGUGUCCUCGUAUAUCUGGUGACAGUCAUGCACUCCAUGCAGGCGGGCUAUUUGGAGAAAGCCCAGAAGUACACAGACAAGGCUCUUAUGCAACUGGAGAAACUCAAAAUGUUGGACUGCAGCCCCAUCCUGUCUACCUUCCAAGUCAUUCUGCUGGAGCACAUCAUCAUGUGCCGACUCGUCACGGGCCACAAGGCCACGGCAUUGCAGGAGAUUUCACAGGUUUGUCAACUGUGCCAACAGUCCCCCAGGUUAUUCAACAACCAUGCUGCUCAACUACACACACUAUUAGGUCUGUACUGCAUCUCAGUGAACUGUAUGGACAACGCAGAAGCACAGUUUACCACAGCGUUGCGGCUCACCACACACCAGGAGCUGUGGACGUACAUUGUAACCAACCUGGCCAGUGUGUACAUCAGGGAAGGAAACAGACACCAGGAGCUGUAUGGCCUCUUGGAGAGAAUAAACCCGGAUCAUAAUUUCCCAGUCAGCUCCCACUGCCUCCGCGCUGCAGCCUUUUACAUAAGAGGACUUCUGUCCUUUUUUCAGGGACGCUACAACGAGGCAAAGCGCUUCCUAAGAGAAACUCUGAAAAUGUCUAACGCUGAGGAUCUGAACAGACUCACAGCCUGCUCUCUGGUUCUGCUGGGCCACAUUUUCUAUGUACUGGGCAACCACAGAGAAAGCAACAACAUGGUUGUACCUGCCAUGCAGCUAGCCAGCAAAAUCCCUGAUAUGUCUGUGCAGCUCUGGUCUUCGGCGCUGUUGAAAGACUUGAACAAGGCCCUUGGAAACAACAUCGAUGCCCACGAGGCUGCACAGAUGCACCAGAAUUUCUCCCAGCAGCUCCUGCAGGACCACAUCGCGGCCUGCAGCCUCCCUGAGCAUAACCUCAUCAGCUGGACGGACGGCCCCCCUCCUGUUCAGAUCCAAGCCCAGAAUGGUCCAACCACGAGCCUCGCAAGCCUGCUAUGAGGAGCCUCCUGAUGCAUGAUUGUAGCUGGUAAAUUACCACAAGCAGCAAUUUGAUGCCUAAAAAAACCUGCUAUCCACACCACUGUAGCUUAAAAAAAAAAAAAAGGAUUUUUAACAAGUGACAGGUUGGACGUUCACUUUAUUUGCUUCUGAAGAUUACUUCCUGAUUGUCUGCUACUAAUUUUUCCUAAAGUUAUCAAACAAUAACACUCUGACGGCAUGGACUUGGGGCACAAGAUCCGGGUAUGACUGUUGGUUUUUGGGAGGAAGGACACAUGGCAAUGUAUAAAAGGGCUUCAUUGCCUCAGAUGUAGGGAUUUGAGUUUGCCAGGAUUAUCUUCUAUUUCCAUUUCUUGGAAAAGAUCCAGUUAGAUAUGGGCAGUAAAAAAUAUGUAGAAGAAAUUAAUUUAUUCAUGUUGCUAUUUUUGUAACUGUUGAUAAAUAUUUUACAUCUUGCCUUUUUUGUAUGGAAGCUGUUUUUUCUCUCCCAUGCGUGGAAGUUACUAAUGCGGACUCCCUGCACUAUAGUUUUUUUCAGCUGGGGCACGAACCGUAAAUUUUUGAUGAUUUUGUUUUGUUUUUUUUUCCUUUUUUUUAUUUUGCACAAAAUCCACAGUAGGUAAUAUAGACCUGUAACUUAUUUUCACAAUAUAUUCAUUUGAAAAGUCUGUGUAAAAGAAAGAAAAAAAAAAAAAGAAAAAAUAUCAGCAUAUGUUGUUUUGAGGCACAAUCCACUGAGUUUAGGGGAUGCAUUUUAAAUACUAGUAGAAUUUAUCAUAUUAUCACUAAUAUCCUUAAAAAAAACACACAUUUCUCUCAUGUAUUUGUUUAAGUUCCUUUAUAGAGUAUUUCUCGUUCAUGUUUUUUUUUUCUUUCCACAAAUCAGCGGGGUUUUUUUCCCAAACAUUGGAAAAAAAGAUUUAUUUUAUUGUUCUAAUUUGUCUUGAUAGUCCUACUAAAUGAGCUUUUCACAGUAUGUUUGUAUAAAUUUGCCACUUGUCGAACCUUUUAUUGUACAGUGACAUUUUAUAAAUUCAAUUUAGUAAAGUGUGAUACGUAUUAUUUUAGCUACCCUACGUAGGUAUCUCAAUGCUUGGUAUUUAAAGCACUGUAAGAGGUGGACACACAGUUUAAGCUUCAGUACUAGCCAUAUUUUAUCCAAUGCCUCUGUUUUUAAUUCUUACAUUGUUUUCAAUAUUUUUUCCAAUAAAAAUAUGAUUGAAAUCUGUCA